GCGGUGCCCUUGCGGCGCAGCUGGGGUCGCGCGGCUGCUCCCCGCGCUCUCUUAAGGCCUGCGGGCGGCGCAGGAGCCGCAGUUGUGGCUGUGGCGGCCUCGAUAGCGGCUUCAGCAGAUUGGCGGCAUCAGCGGUAGCACCAACACCAGCACUAGCAGCAUGUUGAGCCGGGCAGUUUGCGGCACCGGCAGGCAGCUGGCGCCGGCUUUGGGGUAUCUGGGCUCCAGGCAGAAACACAGCCUCCCCGACCUGCCCUACGACUACGGCGCCCUGGAGCCUCACAUCAACGCGGAGAUCAUGCAGCUGCACCACUGCAAGCACCACGCGGCCUACGUGAACAACCUGAACGUCACCGAGGAGAAGUACCAGGAGGCGUUGGCCAAGGGAGAUGUUACUGCCCAGAUAGCUCUUCAGCCUGCACUGAAGUUCAAUGGUGGUGGUCAUAUCAAUCAUAGCAUUUUCUGGACAAACCUCAGCCCUAAUGGUGGUGGAGAACCCAAAGGGGAGUUGCUGGAAGCCAUCAAACGUGACUUUGGUUCCUUUGAAAAGUUUAAGGAGAAGCUGAUGGCUGCAUCUGUUGGUGUCCAAGGCUCAGGUUGGGGUUGGCUUGGUUUUAAUAAGGAACGGGGACAGUUACAAAUUGCUGCUUGUCCGAAUCAGGAUCCACUGCAAGGAACAACAGGCCUUAUUCCACUGCUGGGGAUUGAUGUGUGGGAGCACGCUUAUUACCUUCAGUAUAAAAAUGCCAGGCCUGAUUACCUAAAAGCUAUUUGGAAUAUAAUCAACUGGGAGAAUGUAACUGAAAGAUACAUGGCUUGCAAAAAGAAAAAUGGGGUAACUUAGCAGUUUCAAUAUUGAAGACUGAAGUUAAAAAAAAAUUUAAAUUCAAGGUACUUUUAAAAUUCAAUUCGAAAAAUAGGCUUUAAAAAUUAUUAGAGAUGAGAGUACCGAAACUGUGUAUGUGUGUAUGUGUGUGUACGCAUGCUUGUGGAUUGGAAAAACUUUGGAGACUGAUUGCUUUUCAUUAUAUAUGUAUCACAGUGAAACGGCUUUUAUGUGUCAUAUAAGAUUACUACUUGCCUCUCUAAACAAGAUGGUGACUCUGUAAGUAGAUGGGCAAGUGGAACCUUUUGGAAGAUGAGCUUUUGAAUAUAAGUCGUCUGCUAGAUCAUGGUUUGUAUUGAACUAACAAGGUUUGCAGAUCUGCUGACUUAUGUAAAGUUUUUUGAUUCCUACUAAGCUUUAAGAUUUAAAAAAUAAUCAAUGUUGAAAUUUCUAUGGGGCUCUAUUUUUGCUUUGGCUUUCUGGUGAGAGAGUGAGGAAGCAUUCUUUCCUUCACUAAGUUUGUCUUCUCUUCUGGAUAGAUUGAUUUUAAGAGACUGAGGGAAUUUACAAACUAAGAUUUUAAUCAUCUGGUGGAAAAGGAGACUUCAAGAUUGUAAAACAGGCUGGGUGGGGUGACUCACAUCUGUAAUCCCAGCACUUUGGGAGGCCAAGGCGGGUGGCUCACUUGAAGGAGUUCAAGACCAGCCUGGCCAACAUGGUGAAACCCUGUCUCUACUAAAAAUACAAAAAAAUUUUAAAAAGAUUGUUUAGCUCUGUUUUUCAUAAUAGAAAUAGAAAAAGUAAAGUUGCCUUUUCUUCUGAAAAGAGCGAGUAUUGUUCAUCCAAGAAGGGUUUUUGUGACUGAAUCACCAGUGCCUGUCCUAGUCAUAGCUGUGCUUCAAAAACCUUAGCAUGAUUAGUGUUGGAGCAAAACAAGGAAGCAAAGCAAAUACUGUUUUUGAAAUUCUGUUGCUUGAACUAUUUUGUAAUAAUUAAACUUUGAUGUCGAGAAAUUACAACUUUAUUGUACA